GCUUAUUUAGGUUACAUAUAUUGUAAAUAACCGUCAUUUGCUGGAGCGAAUAAGUCACAGAGCUGGUGAGCGAGUCGACAGUCAACAGAGGAGGUCCAUAUGGUACAUGCAUUUGAGGAAUUCUUUGACCAUACGGAGGUGCAAGGUCAACAUCAACUCUGACGUUAUAUAGGGGAUUGGAACAUGCUUUCGAGGAAUUCUUUGACCAUACGGAGGUGCAAGAUCAACAUCAACUCUGACGUAAAAGUGGAUUAGUACAGUGAAGCUGCAGGGUUGCAAGCAGUUAACUAUGACUAGUAGUGGACUUCCUUCGAUCUGAAUAACAGCGAUGCGAGACAUUCGCCACCAGCAUCCAGCGCCGGCCUUUCACUAAAUGUGCAUUUCACUACAUUAGGAGUCCCCCUUGGCCCCCUCCAAUAUGCCGAAGCAACUAGAUAUCACAUCGGCACAGCUUGCUUUUGGAUCUAACAACGCCGCCAAUUAUGUGCAAAUAAAAAAAUACACCCCGAAAAGUAUAAGCCAGCAAGCCGAUGGAAUAUUCUCAUCUGACUACGAAGAGGUUCGCAAAGCAGAGUACGGCUUCAGGAAUGUCAACUCUUCCUUUUUUGACCAAAGCGCAGCGCCUAUUGGAGAGUCGUGUCCGUCAUCCGCUGCCACUGUUAUACGUGAAUUAGGAGGCAUUGAACUUAUGUACAACCUUAAUACAACACAUGGUGCAGAAGCAGUCUGCCUAAUGACAAGGAUAGAAUCAAAGUAUCAAGUGACCAAAGAGAUUGCACUGGAGGCUUUUUUGCUUCUUCUUAGACGCCAUUCCAUUCUGCGAACAUCCAUCAAAACAAAGACAGGAAGCAGAAAUGGUGAACAAGUACUUGUUGAAAACCAUCCGUCGCAUUUAGAUUUUGACGUCUCUUCUCGAACGGAUUGGUUGGAUGUUCUGUUAGAGCAAGCUUCUCGUCCGUUACAAGGCUCGGACAAUACGCUGUUUAGGUGUAGAAUGUUGGAUGCAGGGCCAACUUCUUACAAGGAUGAGAUACAAGAUUUGAACAUUCAUCUGCAUCCACUUGGCUGUUUCGGUUACCAAUCGACUUUUGUCUUUGUUGUUCAUCAUUCUAUUAUGGACGGAGGAUACUUCCUUUGGAUGUUUCAAGAGUACAUGCAUUUCAUAGACGCAGUUGCUAUGGGGCAUAAACUUUAUCGAGUGAAAGAGCUUCCAGUCCUCCCACCAGCUGAAAACAUGAUGACGUUUCCAAGUGAAAAUGGGACUUCAUGUGAAAUAUCCAAUCACAACGACCCACACUGUUCAACUAGGUUUUCAGUAAAACUUUGCCAUGAUUCAAAUCAGGAUCAAUUGCUGAAAGACUAUGAUUUGAAAUUUUUAGACGAGAUUAAUUUUCUGUCGAACUCUGAACCAAGAAACGGGUGUCUUUCAUUCAAACUUUCAAUAGAAGAUUCGAAACAGUUUGUUCAAAGGUGCAAACAACACCAGUGCCGACCAAAAGGUGUUCUAGUAACGGCGUGGUUAUUUGCACUGCUAGAACUCGUCUAUGAUGAUAUCAGAACAAUAGAAGUCCCGUUAGAAUAUAUGAUGGAUUUCCGUCGAUUCUGUGAUUUCUCUCUUAUGGGAAACGAGAUACCUCAUUAUCCGGGUACAGCUGCUAUCCCCAUUCCGUUCGUUGCUCAAAUCCAACGCAAAGGAGGACCCGUCUUGUCAUCGGAGUUUUGGGAAAUUUCAAAACUGUUUGACAGCUUCCUGACCACCAAUGUGUUUUCAAGAGAUACAUUUGAAUGGAUAAAACAAGAAGCUGAAAAAUAUAAAUCAAAACCUCUACAGCAGGAAAGACAAGGCAAGUCGCCGUACGUUCUAUGCAUUUCAAACAUGGGUGUGUGCGAUAGGGUUCUUAACGAUGACGUCAAAUCGCGCAUGCGCAUGGUUGGACUACAUGGUCAUUCGACAGUACUUAUUGACGAUAUGCCAUUAUUCUUAGUAUCAGACUUCAUGUUGAACGGAACACUUUGCGGAAGCGCAAGUUUCUGUGAAAGCUAUACGAGCAGUGCAACAGCGAUGAAGUUCAUAGGACUUUUUAAGAAAUACAUAACUUUGAACUCGAGGUUGUAAGCAGUGGUUCAAAAUCCGCACAGAUGACAAAUAGUAACACUUUUGAGCGGCAAGUAAACACUUGACGUAGUUUGCUUACUUGCUAUAAGACUUAUUGGUUAUGAGAAAUUUUAUAUAAUUUAUAUAUGUUAAAAUACAGCACAUUAUGAACAGUUGGAAUUACUGAAAUGAUGCAGAAGGUUGUUUGCAUAGUCACCAAAAUGAAUGUGCUUGCACUAAACAAAAUGGGGGGGGGGGGGGGUAAGGUACAAAAAAUCGCCCAGGAAAUGUGUACAGUCGAGUAAUAACCAUGAAGUUUGGAAGACAGGAAUAUAUACAUAAAAGCACGGUUACAACAUGCAGAGAUAUACCGUAUUUGCCGAGAAAAUACGAAAAAAUGAGGAUAAAUUCAACACAUUUAUUUGUAAACAUUGCCUCCCGAGCCACAAUCGAGUGUGUGUAUACCACGUGAUAAAUUGCGUCAUAAAUGCUACAUCGGAAGGCGAUAUUUUGCUUCGAAUGGAGACUUUAAACACAGAUAACUUCACUAUUUCUUCACCAUUCUAAAUGAAACUUAGUCUACGCCGCUUACGGAGCCCCGCUUUCGGUCCUUUACCAGAGUUUGAUUGAGAGUUUAGUUUCUUAAAACACUUCGACAAACCUUUUCACAAUACAGCCGUCUGACGGAGCACUGUCAAAACAUUAUUUUGAAACAGGUUUGUCGAAGUGUUUGAUGAAACUAAUAACCAUAUCAAACUUCGGCAAUAAAACGAAGGUGGGGCUCUUUAAGCGGCAUAGACUGCCCUUUGUUUUAUUUAAAAUGGUGUAGUAAAAGAAAAGUUAUCUUUGAUUUAAAUCUUCAUUUUAAGCAAAAUGUUGCCUUCCGACGUAGCAUAUAUGACGCUAUUUAUCAAGUGGUAUACACACACUGCAAUAUGUUCAAUAACUUUCUUUAAAGUUAUGAUACCAAUCUAAGAUGUCGACUGAAGAACAUGUUUCCCCACACACUGGACGCAUUCCUUUUUUCAAAAUCAUAAAAAAGUCAACUUAUCAAGCAAAAAAAUAGUCCCAGAAUCGGUAUUUAUCAAUCCAAAUACGCCGUUUUGUUUGCUAUGAAACAUUUUUGUCACUUAAUGUUUGCCAGAAACGAAAUUACGUCCUCCCCCCUGAAUAUGUGCCAAUGUAAUUCACCGACAAUUUUGAAGGUAUGACAAACUAAUAAACCUACUUAUAGCUAUAUAAUGUGUCUGUACUUUGUUUGUCGAAAAAGAAAGAAUGACAUCAUUGUGUUGUUUUUUCUUUCAAUCUAUAUUUAAUCAACGUAGCCCAGGGGCUUGCUUACUCAUUCGGAUCUGCUCGAAUCAAGCACCUGGGCAACGUCGAUUGAAUUGAGCGACGGUAUAUAUUAAAGGUUAUUCUGAUAGAGGGGAUGGAUCCGUGGUCUUGAGGUAACACACUUGACUAUCAAUCCAGGGAUCGCAGGUUCGAUCCCCCGUCGCAUCACUAAAAAAACCUAAUUGUCUUCCGGGAGGGACGGUAAAUGGGGGUCCCGUGUGACAGUGCUAUACACUGGUGCACGUUAAAGAACCAGGGUAGCUCUAACCAGGGUUACAUUCUGUCUGUGCACAUUGCUCCAAAAACCUAAAAUGACUAACAAUCUUAACGGAGCACUCGCCGAAUGGGCAAGGCCCGAGUGCGAGUAUAAAUAAGCUUACACACCCAAUCCAGGGGUCCAUAACUCGAAAAUAGUCAUUUUUG